CGCACCCUUUCAAGAUCCACCCGUCAAGGGUUGAAUAAUAAUGGUGCUCAAGCCCACACGUCUUCCUCCAAACAAGAAGACGAUCGAAGAAGUUGUACUCACUAGAAAGGUCUCCACAUCUCACAACGGCACCGCGCCGAGGCAGACGCAGUCGUCGCAAUCGCAGCACCACCAUGGUCCACCAUCUGGCGCGCUUCGUCCUGGAACAAGGCAGCCGCGACAAGUUCAGUCGGCGGCUACGACGGCGUCGCCGUCGCACCGCCAACUUGACGCGUUUUCACUCGACCGACCUGGGUCCACCUCUGCCCAUGCGGUGCAGCACCUCCAAGGACGGCUAAAUCGCCUGAACGAACGCCUCCAAAACCUCGAAACCACAAAUUGUCUGCAUGAGCCCCUCCAGCACGACUUGGCGCAGGUCACGCUCAUCCGGCCACCCGUGCGAACCGACCUCGAUCCAAAACUCACGGCCCAUGUCACACACGCUGUGAAGGAAGUACACUCCGUCGUCCAUCGGCUCGAUCGCGUCUUCUACGACAUCACAUCGGCUGAAACCAAACGAAGUCAUGCUGCGACGCUGCUCGUCGCCGUCGUUCGCGGCCAUCUCGUUCGGCAGCGCCACGUUGUCGCGAUGCAAUUCCUCGGCACAUGGCGGCUCCGCUACGCCAAAACGUUCUUGGACAGCAUGGUUCGGUUCAGCAUGAGGACGUUUCGUGUGGACCACGGGAUCGACGACAUGCUAGAGCGAGGACGAAUGCGAAAGCUGCGCCUGUGCAUGGACGAAAUGCGCGACAUCACAAUGUUGAAGCGGCCCCAGCGCCGCGCUCAAAACCACCAAGUAGAAGCUCGAUACGACGUCAAGCGCCGCGCGCUGCUCGACGAGAUGUUUGGUAGCUGGAAAUCCGUUGCGAUUGGACCUCGAUCUCGCAAACGCAUGAUCGAGGCGUAUCGCGCCCGGCUGUUGAAAUGCCGUGCACAAUUGGAAUCGCUGAUGCGCUACGACAUGAUCACGCCCGACAUGGUCAAGGCCGAGUUGCACAGAGAUGCCAUCCGCACGAUCCGAAGCCGCGCCGUGUACCAUCGGUCUCGAAUGUACUUUCGCUUGUUCGUGGCGCACGUGUGGAUCCCGAUGAAGGCGAACGCGGCCAAGGCACACUUGUUUUUUCGCGAAAAGACCGUGCUGAAGGUCGGGACAGCGUGGGUCCAGCACUUUCGGACGUUCCAGCUCGAGCGGGAGCUCCAGCGCGUGAACGACCGCCGAACGUUUGACCGGUUUCCACAGUAUUACAACAUCCGCCGCAUCGACUUCCACUACCACCGGACGAUGCAGCGCAAGCACUUUGUCGCGUGGUUGAACCUGCACCGCCGGUGCAAACUCGUUCAAAAACGAUUUGAACAGGCGUCGCUGCGCAUGCUCCUCCAACUGGUCCGGGCAUGGCGGAUUCGCGCCGCGUAUCAACAUCGGCUACGGGACGCCACCGUUCGCGAGUGGAAAGCAUACUGUGUUCGCGUGUUCAAAGUGCCGUUCCAAGCGUGGGUUCUCUGCACGCUCCAACGAAAGCAGCGCCAUGCAACUCAAGACGGCCUCAUUCGGGCCUUCCAUCGCCGCCAGCAUCGACACACGACGUAUUCGUUCUUUCGCAUUUGGAAGCACCACACGCUCUUUGGUCAUGUUGACGGCAUCCACAGCCGCGUGACGCUCAUCCAAACUUUGGAGCAGCAAAAAGCGUACUGCCUCUCGCUCGAGGAAAACGCGGUCGGGUACCAACACGUAAUUUCGACGUUGGAGAUGUCGCUGGCCGACGAAAAGUUGCGCCUCCAAGCCAAGGAAGCCGAGCUCGAAGCCCUGCACGCACACACGCAGGCCACUCGGUUUGCCAUGCACAACGCCGAGCAACAGGUCGCACGCACGCAGAGCCUGCUCAAUGCGGUUCGAGACAUCCACCCCGGCACAAUCCGCCGCAUCGAGCGCAUGUACACGGACGAGUCCAUCUUGGCCGGAGAACUGAAGGAUGUGAUUCACUUGCACCUGUUGCGGACAGCCGAGACACAGCACGCGGCGCACGCGUCGUACGAACAGCACGUCCUGGAACACCACAUGCACGCCGACACAGCCGACGACCAGCUCCUCCUCCGGCGCGUCAAGUGGGUUCUCAACCGGUUGCACCUCCACUACGACACGACUGCGGACGCGAUGCUUGCAACGCCCCAGGACGUUCAAGCCCUCACCAUGCAAAUGCACCAACUCCACGCCCUGUACGAGUUUCUCCGCAGUGGCGACACCACGUCGUUAGUGGAAGAAAACAUUCCGUUGUCCAAGGAGCCGCAAGUGUUGGAGGCGUCGCUCGUCGUGCCAGGGGAAAUCCCACGCGCGACGUUAGACGGCCCGGCAUUGCUCGCCACCGACGACACGUGGAGCAAGUUUGUACAGGACGUCGCGCAGAAAUUUCCCCCGAAACGACACGUGCCGAUUCAGGAUCGACUCGUCAGCUACGCGCUGAAUCGAGUCGAAGAAAAGCGACUCGCGCAAUGGGAGAGCCAAAAACCCACGAUCUACAGCCGAGUGCAAAAUCAAACAAAGCCACCGGAGUCCGUCGACGGAAGCUAGCAGCAAUGCAGAUUCCCAGCGCUUGGCGAACAAUUGGAGCGCUCAUGUAGAGAUCGUAUCCAUGUUGGGACUUGAAUUUACAUCUCGAAACACGCGCGCGCGUCGGCGUCCGCCAACCGCGCUCUGGGCUGGGGAUUUUUUACAGCUCUGGGUACACUUCCAUCCACGUUAGAACCUCCGAGCUCGAGUGUUUGAUUUCGACGGAGACUCGUCCGAAGUGCUGCGUCGGUGUCGACGAUCUCCGGUUGCACAUGCUGCCACGCGGAUGGUCCGACUGCAUAUAACGAAAACGAUAACACGCAAUGGUCCAGCGGC